AUGUCAGCCUUGGCUAAAGAGAAACUAUUUCUUGCACUGAAGAAAAGAGGGAGUGUGUGCUCCCCAAGUAAUCAUGAGUCCCAACAGAAGGAAGGUCGUUGGCGCUCUAAACAUUCCGUCAGCACUGUGUCUCACGUGGAUGAGCCCAGCCUGCGUGAUGAAGCCUCUCGCCUCACAGUUCGCAUGGAAAACACCUACCAACUAGGUCCCACCAGGCAUUUUCCUGUGGCCACUGUCAAUGGCAUUUUGAAAGAUGUGCUAACUGCCUACCUACAAGAAGCAGAAUAUGACCCAGAUUUCUGCAGACAGAUGACUAAGACAGUUUCGGAGGUUAUUAAAGCCAAAGUCAAAGAAUUGAUGAUUCCCCGGUAUAAACUAAUUGUGACCGUUUACAUAGGUCAACGAGAUGGUCAGAGCAUCCUUAUUGGCAGCAGAUGCCUCUGGAAUCCUAAAAGUGAUACCGUUUCAUCCUACGCGCUCAGAAAUUCUACUCUCUUUGCUCUGGCAAAUGUCUAUGCCGUUUACUUUGAGUGA